AUGUGCGAUUCUGUUUUUUCCCCAUUUAAGGUUACCUUGGAUAAUAUUCAACUUACUUUCAAGGAAUUGUAUAUGAGUAGAGCCGACAUGUGGCGGUAUCGCUCAAAGUUAAUAAACACAUGUGCCUAUCUUGACAAGCAGCUUCGACACUUCAACAUUAGCACAAAAAUUUCCGAUAUUUGGCAAAAAGGGAACGUCGUUCGUAGCGGUUUCGUCUCUUCAGAUACACGGGUCGUAUUCCGUUCCAGUAGCAGUUCGGUUCUGAUAUACAUUCAAAUGAGCUCAGAAAUGUGGCAACUCGACCCUCAAGGCGACUUGUACUUUGAGAAGUGUGUGAAGGGCUUUAUGUCGGAGCUGUUCUCAAAGUGGUACACGAAUUCGACUGCUCAUUAUGUGUCUAUCAUCUUAUGUUCACGAUUUUACCUACUAGGAGAUAUUGGGAAAGAUGUGGAGGAGCAGCUGGGGACAUCCCGCGAUUAUCGAGGGCGAUACUAUCAAGACUUUUACCGUCUACUAGUGCAAAAUGAGCAUUAUGAAGAUUGGACUCAUAUUCUGUCGACGAUAAAGUCGUCGUUCAACAAGUAUCAGGAUACCAUUCAGGAAGUGCUAGCAACAAACUAUCCGAGCCUAAAAGGGCGAUGGGAGAUUUCAACAGCUGCAGAUGGUAACUUUUUACAAGUGUUGAACAUGAGCAUGAAUUCCUUCAGUGUUUACCAUACUGACAGAAGAUUUGAGACAACGGGACAACAGAUUAUAUUUGUGACUCCUGGUGGUGGUGUUCUGAAUGUUGAUCGUGAGAUGGUAAAUAUGACUAAGCAACGUAUUAUUGAUAUGGGUAUAUCUCUUGAUAUGGUCUGCUUAGGAGAGCAGCCUUUACACGCUGUGCCUUUGUUCGUAUUCCAUAAUCGAUGGGCAUCCAGUCAACCCUUUGAGGACUACUUUAUACCUCACUGGAUGAAUUAUUCAUACUAUCGAAUGAGCAAACGCAGUGCGAUAUCAAUUAAUUUUCGACCGCGUAUUAAUUUGCCAAAUGUCAUUUUGGUUAGUGUAGUUGUUGGAUGUUCUGUUGCUACGUAUUUACUAAACUGUAGUAUGUAA